UCAAAGCCGGCUGAGCAGCCGCCUGCACACAGCAGGACGAGGCGCGGAUGCGACUUCUGCUUCCUGCCUGCGAAUGAUGGAGAGUGAGGCCGGGAGGAGGACCAGCGCUGCUUUUGUUGCAGGUACAGCGGGACUUCCAGCGGCCGAGGAGGGACAGGGCAGAACGAGGAGCACCGCAGACGUAAACACUGCCAUGCCCUGCUUCAUGCAGCAGCGAUCCUCCGCCCGCUGCUCCUCCUCUGCUCCAGGACAGAGCGCUGUGUUCUAGAGGACAGCUCGGGAGGAGGAGGAGAGGGUAAAUAUUUGGUGCUGAAGUUGGGUCCGGGAUAGGAGGCUGUCGCUGAGGCAGACUCACUGCUGGGGUUCCCCGGCAGCCUGACUCUGCUGAGUCCGCGCUCUGCGGCCAUGCGGCAGGCAGCAUCCAAAGACCUGUUCCCUACAUGAGCUCCAGCUCCUGUGAGUAACAGCAUAAAACUACCAGCGCUCCUUCUCAGCGUAUCUGCAGUGUUGUGCUGUACUCUGGGAGCAGGCACACUUUCCACAUUUCACAGAGACGUGAUGAGCUGCUGACGUUUUACUGAAGCAGGUGUCUGACACAGGAAUCAAAGCUGCCCCUGCAUGACUGCUCUGUGGGACCAAUCUCUUUGUUGCCACAGUUCACAUUAAGAGGCAGCACCAUGGGUGCCAAGCAGGGUAAAGGCCAGGAGCCUGCAGGAGCCAGUCCUCAGCACAGUUGGAAGCGGACACCCACCAAGGAGCGGGGAGACAUCUUAGCCUCCCUCAUGCUGAAGUCAGGGGACAGGCUGAGCCGUAGCGGGACGCCACCGCCACCCUACCAGCGGCGCAUCGGCAUGAUCCAGGAGAUGAUGCUGAUGGCCAAACAGGGCAAGCAGGAUGAGGCCACGGAGAUGCUGAAGACGCUCCGACAGGACCUAGGCAUGGAAUCAACAUCACUGGAUGACGUGUUGUACCGCUACGCCAGCUUCAGAAACCUGGUUGAUCCCAUCACGCAUGAUCUGAUUAUCAGUCUGGCGCGAUACGUACACUGCCCUAAGACGGAGGGAGACUCUCUUGGGGCGAUGGAAAAGGUUUGUCGUCAGCUGACCUACCAUCUCAGCCCCCACUCUCGAUGGAGGAGACAGGGCCUGCUCAAGAGGAAACCUCAGGCCUGUCUGAAGGCAGUGCUGUCAGCCCCUCCAUCCAGCGGGGCAUUGGAUCUUUCCGGCAUCCCUCUCACAGCUCGGGACAUGGAGCGUCUGUGUGCGCACCUGCAGCGCUACGCGUCUACUCUGAUCAGCCUGGAGCUGGGCUUCACUGAGCUCACAGACGAGGCUUUCCUCCUGCUGCUCCCCACACUGGCCUCUCUCCCACACCUGGAGACUCUGGCACUGAACGGAAACAGGCUGACCAGAACGAUUCUGAAGGAGCUGACAGAUGCCCUGAAGGAUCCGGGCAGUUUCCCAAGCGUGACAUGGAUUGACCUGGGCAACAAUGUGGAUAUUUUCUCCCUGCCGCAGCCCUUCCUGGUCAGCCUGAGGAAGCGCUGUCCCAAGCAAGGCAACCUGCCCACCAUCCAGGAGUUUGGAGAGAGCCAGGCCAGCGACCCCCCUGAAAGGCUACGGGGUCUUGGGGAAGAGGAGGAAACAGACGACACCAACCGGACUGAGAGCAUGGGCGAGCUCCGUUCGGAAGUAGAGGAAGAGCUGGAUGGAGAGAUGGAGAUACAGGAGAUGAUGGAAGAGCUGCUGGACUUUGACAGGGAGGUACAAGGGAAGGAGGAUGAGGAGGAGAGCAUGUGGACAGUAGGGGAGCACAGGAAAGGAGGGGCGCGGAGGAGAGAGAGGGGAGGGGAUGAGGAGGAGAAGAAGGAGAGGGUGGUGCAGAGGAGAGAGGAGCGUCCAAGGAGGAGGACAAGGGCAGUGAUGGCAGAGUACGAGGAUGACACACAGAGCUGUUCGAGCCAGUCGCAACACUCAUCUGGGGCAGUGGAGCCAAUGAGAGUUGAGGAAGACGAGUUUACCGACCAAUCAGAACACUUUACCUGAUCGGUCCCCACUGCUCGGUUUAUGUUUAACUUCCUGUGUCUACUUCUACAUGGAAGGAGGCGAGAGAAUUCUGUGGCUGAAAAUGCUGCAGUGCUGCAUAAAUGUGCCACUCGAUGUCCCUCCCCUGAUCUGAAUCACAGCUUCAGACGCUGACGGAGUGGCUGCUGAACUCAGACUGAAACUCAAGCCAGUCCCCAGCAGGAAGUGUGUUUUACCUUAGCUGUCUGUUGUUUAAAGUACUAAUAGACCACAGAUGCUAUUGCAUAGUAUAGACUGAUAAAUUAUAUCACACGAGGCUUUCAUGUAUAGAAUGCUAAUCUAUAUUCAGGUCCUUCCUCCUUGUAAUCCCAGUAAUACCUACAUGUGCCUGUAACACGUCCCAUUCCUGGUUAAAAGACAAAGUAAUCAGGGCCUUUAUAAGGAAAUGUUUUUGCCAAAAACUACAAGUGGAACUGUGUAAAAGGCCCACGUGGGUCAAAGGCCAGCCUGAUGGAUCGGAAGAUCUUUGUAGAAUCCGGUUGCUGCUUAAGAAAAUGAACAGAUGCACUGUGUUUUAGUAGAAGAAAUGUGAUGUGAAAUUUGAUGAAGGUGAAAUUAGUAAGCUAAAAAACCACCCUGAUAAUAGCUAGAGCAAUGAGUGACUCUGGAAGAAAAAGGUCCUGUUUCCAAGGCUAUGCAAGGGAGAGCGGGUGACGAUGAGCCAGCUUUUACUUGAGUCAACCUUUAGCUAAGAGGAGUAAUAACUUCAGGAAAUUAUAUCUCGCUUGAAAACUUAUCAGACGUAGCUAACUCAACUAAACAACAAGAUAUUUCAUCUCAAAAUGUGGGAAGUUGAGCUUAAAACAGAUGAUGAUCCAUCUGAGAAAAUAGUAACAAACCAUUCUUCUAACCGUACAUGUAAUUAUUUAGAAUUAGAUCUCAACUCCCGGUUAUUAAAUAGACAUUGCAGCUUUUUUGUCUAUAGUGCUAAAAGAUGAAGAUACUCCGCUGUCCCUCUUAAGGAAAAGCUUAAAUUGGAUGAAAGCUUUGUUGCUUUGAGGGUAUUUUCAUUGUUUUUCAUUUUCACUGUCAUGACAAAAAGUUUUGGAGGUGGCACAACAAAUUUAUUAAGUUUUUGAAACAUAUUAAACCUUUAUAAUGGUUCUUCACUGUAUCAAAGAAACAUGAAAAAUAAACUAAAUACAAAAUGAAGCAAAUGAAAACAAACCCAGAUCUGUUGGCCUCGACUGUACAAUCUCAACUUUUGCAUUAAAAGUUAACAACAUUUAACAUAAAACACCAAUAUAGUCAAAAAUAUAGUAAAAACCAACUCUGUUUAAGAUAAAAUAUUCCUGUGCCCCAUACAGAUAGUUAUAGUAUCACUGGUUUAAUUAACACAUAUCUACACCAAUCAAACUCUAAACACAGCAUAACCGAAAUAAUGAUCAAAACUCUACUAAACUGAGGAUUUGAUCCAUUACCUGCAUCUUUAUGAUUGUUAUUUCAGAAGUAAUAGCUAAAUGCAUAACUCUUAGUAUGCAGGAUGAAGUAGAGUAAACUUAACCUAAUGUAAGAAAACCUCAAAACUAUAAUAAAUUAAGUUAAAUUAACUCAUUUUAAAGCUUUGCUGCUGUGCCUGGAAAGCUUUGACUGACAAUUAUUUUGUGAAAAGAUCUCCUAGCUACUUCAUCUACCUUGUUCUCGAAUGGAAAACUAAAUUUAAGGUCACAUGACUAAAGCCUACCCAAUUUAUCAGUGGGCAAAUAUUAUGGCAGAUGUUAGCAUCCACAUUUAUAACAGCACAAAAAGUUACUUUCAAAAGUUAAAAUGAUAUAGAAAAAAUUCUAAAUUCCUAUAUUGCUGUGCUAUACACAUAUAGGUGCUCAGAUAUAGGUGGAAGGCGACCUUACCUACUGGCUCAUCUUAUCCCUUUGUCCCCUGCAGUGGAUAGAAGUGUUAACCUCAUUGCCAUGCAUCCCAAAGCCAAGUGCUGAAAUAUUUAGUAGCCUUUUUCCUCAUAAUCCAGGUCAUGCUUCACACCGCGGCGCUGUACACUAGAGUGCAUCACACGCUUACAGUGCUGUGCUUGUAUAUAGGUCGCUGCUAUGCUGUACACUGGGUUACAACACAAUAUCCUUAUACAGUAUGUAGCUCUCACCUGGCUUGUGCUUUCUCUCCAUGUGUCAUUUAUAAUCCCUGCAAAGCUUUAAUAAACUGUAUUUUUAGAUGUACAGUACAUAUAUAUAUAUAUAUACAUAUAUAUAACUAAUCAUUUUUAUCUGACAGAUUUUUUAGAUUGUAUAUUAGCUACUUCACAAGUACUAUCACUGAAUUCAAGAAUUUGUAUAUUUUAAGGGGUUUGCAGUAGCAGUAUUCAUGUUUGUGAAUAACUCUUGAAGGAAGAGCUGACCCAGUUUAAUGACUGCCUGAUCACUGAAGAAAGACUCUGUCCAGGUAAAGAAUAUUACAUUGGAGCAAAGUAAAUGUCACCUUAAAACAGUCAAAAUUGCAAACUUUUUUUUCUCUCAGACCGUGGCCCUAGGUGCUAAUACGCUCACCUUUGGAGCUGUUUAUGUGUGUAUCAUAGCAAAUGAAGGCUUUUUGUGAUGUACUGCUUUGCAACAUCAUCAUAAAUUAGCAUAAACACAGCUGGCUCCAUUAUAGAGCUAUCUUGAAUCACUAGCUAACAGCAGGGGGUCUGCAUAAUAACAGAAACCCUGCCAAAGAUAUAGAACUGGCUGCGCUAGUCACAAAAAACCCUAUAUUGUAAUUCUUUUUAUUAUUAUUAUUUGUAGAGUUGUUCAAUUGAAAGGCUUUGAGAAGUGAGAGAGGCUAACACUGAUGUUGUUAUGAGACGGUGCUGAAGCUCUGAUGAACAGAAAGCAUGUGGACAGUAAAGCAUGAAGGGAAAGGGCCUGAUCCCAGUUUCCAAACUAAUAACCUUUGAAGCAUGUCCCUCUAAGGGCGUGAGGCCUUAAUGUAGACCUAUGUUUUUCCCUGGUGUCCCUAUUGCCUACAUACAAGUUUUAAAGAUGAGGUCAGAGUAUGCAGACCCUUUCCAAAAAAUUUGAAUAUCAUGGAAAAGCUUAUUUAUUUCCAU